GCUUAGGGAAGCACAGUUUCUGUCUCCAGAUGUUUAUCUAUGGAGGACACCGCCCCCUGCUGUUGAAAUUAUGACGUGUUUUAGGGAAACUAUCGAAUCUGCUGGAGAGAAACAAAAGCUACCGGUUGGAAACCAGCAGCCACGUGAGUGAAGUACACGCGAGUGUGAGGCGGUCUGCAGCAACCGUACACACCCUGAGCUGGACAUCUGAAAUAAACACAGGACUCUGUGCUAAUUACUGACAAACAUGUCUUCAUUCAGAAAAGCUCUGAAAUCCAAACAGCGGGAUCACAAAGAGCGAUCUCAGCCGGGAUUCAGGAAGCAUUUAGGACUCUUGGAGAAGAAGAAGGACUACAAACUUCGCGCAGAUGACUACCAUCGUAAACAGAAAACACUUAACGCCUUGCGUAAGAAGGCGAUGGACAAGAACCCAGAUGAAUUCUACUUUAAAAUGAUACAUUCUCAACUACAGGAUGGAGUCCAUGUCAUUAAACAGAAACAAGAAGAGAUGACUGAGGAACAGAAGAAAAUCAUGAGGACUCAGGACAUCAGAUAUGUGGAAAUGAAAAGGGUGGCAGAGGCUAAGAGAAUUGAAAGACUAAAGUCUGAGCUGCAUCUUCUGGAUGCAGAUGGUAAACAACAAAAUAAACAGACCUUUUUUGUGGACACCAAAAAAGAAGUGGAGGAUUUUGACCUGGCCACACACCUGAACACAGUGCCUGAGUUGGUGGACAGAGCCUAUAACAGGCCUACACUGGACACUCUCGUGAACAAGAGCGUUCUAGGAGCUGUGGCGCCAAUGAAAGUCAAGAGACUGGCUAAGAAGCGGAGACAUCAGUAUGACGAACUCUGUCAACGUAUUGAUAGAGAGAAGAAGAUGUUUGUCAUCACUCAGAAGAUCCAGACUCGCAAAGACCUUCAAGACAAGAACAAGAAAGUGAAAGUCCGGAAGGAGACUGCCACUGCCCCUGCUGUCUAUAAAUUUGAGCCCAAGAGAAAAAGAUAAAGUUCUCUUCCAGAUAUGUUUUACUUCUAGGAAAGACUUUCACAUGCUUGAAACAAAACAGCCCACUCCACUGCCCCCUAGUCUAAAGCCUUAUUUUACACCAGCUCUGGCUCAAAUCUGAUUUGAUCUCUGUGUGACCUAUUCCAUGUAGGUGUGCAUCAUGCAAAGUCUGUUGGGUAAGUGGCAUGACAGUUGACUGGAGAUUUGUUUUCAUAAACUGUAAUCUUCAUGUUUGAGAUGCUGCUAUUCAUUUUGCUCACUCUCUAAAUCGUAUUUUUUGUAUAUAUUCAUGCAAAGAGAGUUUGUCAUGGUUGUAAUUUGUACUGAAAUAAAUCUUGGUGUAAAAAAUGGUGUAGAUGUUAAACAGUAUCAGUAGAUGGCAGUAGCAUAUCUCGCUAGCAUAUCAAAUCUGCAUUUGUGUUGAUGAGGACAAAUGAGAAACGGUAACUUUGUCCAUUUUUUUGGCUAGUUUUAUUGCUCCUGUCAAAAUCCAAGUUACUGAGUAUCAUGGACGGCAUGACUUGGAGACAUGGACAAUGAAGUCUGAAUUUUUAAGUUUCUUAACGUUAAGUAUGAGGAGCUGAUCAGACCCAAUCAGGUGACAGGCAACUCAAGUGAUAUUUAUUGAAAUUUUGAUGCAAUUUUCUUUUUUUUUUAUUCUUUUUACUAACUGAUCCCAAAUAGGUGGAUUUUUCCUAGCCCUCUUUUUAAUUAAAAUCUCUCAUGAUA